UUGACAUCCAUCAAUUCACACUCGCCAAAACCGGUUACCACGGUUGGAGAUAUCUCUCUUAAAAAUUUUUCUGCGAGAAAUACUUCAUCACUGACAGAACCACAUGUUAUCCAUGAAGGCCCUCCAAAAAUAGUAGUGGCAUAUUUAGAAAAUUUCACUGAGGCAGACAUCAUAGUUAAUUCCACUGACAAGAGCCUUCAUCUUUCUUAUGGUGGUCAAAUAUCAGAAACAAUACUAAACAUUGCUGGACAAGGUAUACAAACUGAAAUUAAUGCAAAAUAUCCCAAUGGAAUCAAACCUGGUGAUGUUGCUGUCACUGAUGGAUACAAUCUACCAUAUAAAUAUGUCUUUCAUUGCAGCUUGCAAGGCAUAAAUCAGAGACUUUCUCAUCAUGAAAUACGAGAAGUUGUUAAUGAAUGUCUUCAGACAGCAGUGAAAACAUGCAACAAUGCAACAAUUGCAUUCCCAUGCAUUGGAACUGGUGCUAUGAACUUUCCUCCAAGAAUUCUCAGAACAAUUUACCGCGUUAUCUUAGAAUUCAUGCAAGGAAACAAUUCUUUGAAUCAGGCAUAUAUCCUUAUUCAUCCUUCAAAAACAGAUCUGAGAGAAUAUGCAAAAAAGAUUGAUCAUGAAGAAGAAAGAAAAAGAUUGACAUUUGAAGUUAAAUUUCCAAAAUGGUCUCAAACAGAAAAAAUUCAAAGGGUCAAGUUAUCAGAAGAAGAUGAAGAUUAUAUGAUGGUCAAGAAAAGGUUUUGUCAAACUAUGAAUGAAGCAACCAUCAUAAAGGAGCUGUUUAUGGACAAGGUUGCUAUUUUGCUCAUGAUCGAUCAUCUAUCUAUCUAUCUAUCUAUCUAUCUAUCUAUCUAUCUAUCUAUCUAUCUAUCUAUCUCAAUCUAUCUAUCUAUCUAUCUAUCUAUCUAUCUAUCUAUCUAUCUAUCUAUCUAUCUCAAUCUAUCUAUCUAUCUAUCUAUCUAUCUAUCUAUCUAUCUAUCUAUCUAUCUAUCUAUCUAUCUAUCUAUCUAUCUAUCUAUCUGUCUAUCUAUCUCAAUAAACUCAUAUCUAUCUAUCUAUCUAUCUAUCUAUCUAUAUCUAUCUAUCUAUCAAUCUAUCUAUCUAUCUAUCUAUCUAAUCUAUCUAUCUAUCUAUCUAUCUCUAUCUAUCUAUCUAUCUAUCUAUCUAUCUCUCUCUAAACUAUCUAUCUAUCUAUCUAUCUAUCUAUCUAUCUAUCUAUCUAUCAAUAAACUAUCAUAUCUAUCUAUCUAUCUAUCUAUCUAUCUAUCUAUCUAUCUCAAUAAAUCUAUCUAUCUAUAUCUAUCUAUCUAUCUAUCUAUCUAUCUAUCUAUCUAUCUAUCUCUAUCUAUCUAUCUAUCUAUCUAUCUAUCUCUAUCUAUCUAUCUAAUCUAA